GCGCGCGAAAAGGGUUAGUUUGUCGUCGUCGGCUUUGAUUUUAUUAUUUUGGCGCACGCUGACCAUCUGCCAUCAUCUGCGGCGGCCACCGCCGUAUCACAGUCGGCCACCGUCGCGCGGCCCAAGGUCGCCGCCACGUCAUUUACGUAUUUUCGCCUCCUCCGCGUCCGCGCCCACGACUUUUUCCCACCACGGCCGGCAGGCGGAUGACUGCCCGACGACGCCGCCACCGCCGUGGCCGACCCGUUGCGGCGGUGUCACGUUUCCGAGAAGCGUUUCGCUCGUGCAUUAUUCCACUGCAGCAGCAGCAGCAGCUCUCGUCGUCGCCGCCGCUGCCGACCGUGAUUAGUGAAACGAUCGCGUUCAGCGCCGCGCUGUUUCGACGUAUUAAUAAUAAUAAUAAUAAUAUCAUCACCGCGUGUGACGCCGGAAGUACGGCGAUCGCGGGUUCCGUCGGUUAUUAUGCGUUGUGGUCGCGAUGGAACAAGUGGUCGCGCUCGUUUACAACAACGGCCCGGAACAGCAACAACCUGCAAGUCCCGUUGUUCCGCCGCCGCCGCAGCAGCAGCAGCCGAGGACGGCGGAAGAAGAAGACGGMGAGGACCGCAGCGGRGCCGCGUUCUUCUGUAACACCGAGUAUAGUUUUAUCCAUUACAACUAUCAAACAAAUAGUUAUGUGCAAUAUGACGUCAAACCACAAAAUGAUAUUACAUUACAAGAAGGGUUUCAGGAUGAUUUAUCUCAAAGUUCAUUCAGCAAUGACACUCCGUUGGACCAGUCGGAUACUAAAAGACAUUACUGCGAAUUCACUGGAUGCAAAAGAACGUACAGCACAGUAGGAAAUCUCCGUACUCAUAUGAAGACACAUAAAGGUGAAUACCGGUUCAAGUGUAACAUAAUUGACUGCGGUAAACCGUUUUUGACGUCAUACAGCUUGAAAAUUCAUGAACGCGUGCAUACGAAACAAAAACCAUUUGUUUGCACUAAGGAGGAAUGUCAAAAAGCCUUUAACACCGUUUACAGGCUACGAGCUCAUCAACGCUUGCACACUGGUGACACUUUCGAUUGUAUACAAGCAGGCUGCGGCAAAUGUUUUACGACUUUUAGCGAUCUAAAAAAGCAUUAUAGAACUCACACGCAAGAACGACCGUACAAAUGCGCAGAAGAAGGUUGUGGUCGAGCGUUUACGGCCAGCCAUCAUUUGAAAACGCACAAGCGGACGCAUUCGGCUGACAAAUUGUACACGUGUGACCGACCGAAUUGUAACAAAUCGUUCCCGGGAAAGGCUAGUCUCAAGACGCACCAGCGGAGUCAUGAUGUUUGGGACGAGUCGGAGACUCUGUCAGAUUUUGCCGAUGACUUGCUACAGCAUUUCGACAGUGAAWCCAACAGUACGACUUCAGAAUUCUUAAAAUACCAAAGCCARCUAGUCAUACCUCUGUCGAAGGCUAACAUCGAAGCUCUAAAGCGAUGCGAAACGGCCGAGGUGGAGGUGGAUGCAUACCUUUCAGGUAUCGCAACACGGACUUUCACGGGGGUGGGUCCGGAUUCGAGCACGGCUACUGUGCAUAAGAUGAUCUUGACCGAGCCGGACGACGAUAUGCCGGUCAAGCUGUCAGUCGAGUGCAACGUCGACGUGCAGAAGGUCGGUCAGGACGCCAACGGCACGAUCAGCUUGUGCGUGAUGGACAACGGCGAGUUGAUGUCCAGUUUGUUGAUGAUGCCAGUGAUCAACGGCGCCAGCUACGAGACGGUGACGGAGGACGACUUGAGCCAGCCGCCAGCCAUGUCCAUAGCCACGGAGACGGUGCAAGAACUGCAGUUCGUCGACGAGCCCGUCCGACACACCGUGACGGCCGUCGAGCAGUCGGAAGCCGAAUCGGCUGGGGCGGCGGCCGUCGAACUCAUACCGUUCGACGACAUCCUGGUGUCCAAACCGGACACGGAUUUCGCGGUGUGUGAACCGCACCACGAGGUCGCCGUCGACGAACCGCUGCAAGUGGCUGAAGAAUUCAGCGUCGAGGAGCUCAUACUCAGCCUGGCCGACGACAGGGAUCAUUGUCUCGACAGUUCGGUCGCUUCGCUCAUGGUGAGUCCGCAGCUGGAAGUGUUUGAACCCACGUUUCCUGUACCGGCACCUAGCCUCCCGCCGCAACAGCAGGUGCACGAGCCAACUUUUUCACCGGACGGUAACUGCAACAGUUCCACAGGCGCCGCCGCCGCGACAGUCGCCGGUCACCCGACCGCAUCUUGUUCGCUGACCGUGGCCUGCAACACCCGCAAACAGCUCAGGAAGGUGCUUGAACACAGACGGCCCGCGAGCAUAUCGCACUGAAUGUCGCAUAUUAUAUACAAUCAUUGAACAUUUAAUGAGUCAAUAGCCARCUAAUUGUACCCCAAACAUUAUUUAGCGUCMAAUAUAUUAUAAUUUAAUGUUUUAUGCAUCUCCGCAUAUAGUCGUAUUAUUAUAAGUUUGGUGCGAUAUUGUUUAAAACCGUGUGAUGUCCGCUAGGAAACGUACCGUUUAUUUUUUACAACGAAUUAUUUAUUGUAUAUUUUUAUUGCUAAAUUAAUUUUACGUUUUUUUUACUCAUUUAUUAUGUUUUUCAUAGAAUCGCCUAGAAGAAAAAAAAACUAUACUCCACUGUUCUAUUAUAUUAGGGACGUCCAUUAACAAGCUAUAUCGAGAGAAACAUUUAGCCCAGUACGUUUUAUUCAAUAUGAAUUGUUACUUAAUGUCUACAUCAUUUAUGAUUUAACUGUAUUACAUUUAUCCCUUAACCCAUUAAAUUGUCGUUUUUUAACGUGAUAAGCUGUGAUUCAGUAACAAUUGUUUAGUACAUUCUUUACUAUAUAUUCGUUAUGAUUUUACACGUUUUUGAUAAUACUUAGGUUGAUAAAAUGAUAACUUUGUAUUAUUUUUACACAUUCAAUUAUUAUGUGUACKAUAUAUAUAUAUCUACAACCUACUAAUAUCUAUAAGAAGGUUUUUAGUGGUAGUCUAGGAUAAGUUCUAUAAAUAUUAUAGGAUAGGUCUGAUGUAAUUUCACUCUAACAAUCACUCAAUGAAAUUAAUGAUUUAUACUUACUACUGCAUUUAUAUUAUAGUUUAAUUAUUUAAAUAUCAUCUCUUUAGUAUAUAUUCUUAUUAUACAUCGUAGGUAUCGUAUACAUUAUAGGUAAUAACAAAAAUAUAAUAAAUAAAAGAUACGGUUCCGCGACAAUAUUGGCAUGACAUAAUAUUAUAAUAUUAUUACUCUAACAUAUAAUAAUGCUUAUAAUAUAAUAUAUUAUUAUUAUAUCUAUAAUAGUUAUCUAUUUUGAAAAAACAUUUUUUAUGUCGGGAAAAAUCAUUUCAUAUUAUWGUCAACUUUGUAUGACUAACCAUGUAAUAAGUCUUUGACGUUUAAUACAUAAUCUAAACUAAAUGUAGUAUGUAAUCAUAAUCGGGACCGAGCUUACUAUUAUUUAUAACUUCGAGUAGGCUUAUUUUACUACUGUGCCAAAUUAUUUUUACCGGAAUUUAACUCACGCAAAACGAAAGUGAUACAUUAGUUUUGAACUUCUUACUUUUUUUUAUUUUAAUUACUGUUUAAAGUGAAAGUUUGUUAUUUUUGUGUAUUCAUAAAUGUAUUUUUUUGUAGUGAUACAAAAUAAUAUUGUAAUUUUGUAUUUCUAAUAUUUAAUAGAUGUAGUCUACGUAUUUUAUUGUAGACGGAUAAUACCUCGCUCAUUUAAUUCAUG